AUGCACGAAGCCUUUUACCCCAUCCGGCUGAUCAAGAACAACCACUAUGAAUUUGAAAGCAUUGCCUGCUACCAAAAUUACCUUUUGCUCGGAGCUAAAUCCGGUUUGUUACUGAUCUACGAGGUUGUGCCUGCAAGCGACACACAAGCAAAAGCUUUUGUGCCACCAGAUAAACCCGAAAAGUUGACAAGACAGGUUAAACCUCUCGUGCUCUCAACCGAUGAUGGUGGGAUUGCUGUGGAAUCUGGACAACACAUGACGGCGGCUAGUUUUGAACUCCCCUCUUUCAAUGUCCGCGUAUGUGCAACUCACCACCUCAGCAAGAAGCGGAUCAUGCAGCUUCGUGCAGUGCCUGAAUACGGAAUUUUUCUUGCCCUGACGGACCUCCAUCUAGCCGCUUACAGACUCUCGGACCGUCAGCUCGUUGCCGUUGUUCCCAACAGCAAGGGCACCUCACAUUUCGCAGUUAUUUUUAAAUCAGGCUUGGACUCUCGUCCUGUGCUAACCAGCCCACGAAAUAGUCGCGGUACUCUCAUAUAA